CCGGCCUGCCCCGCGGGUCAACAGACAUGGCCGGCGAGGGCGAGCCGCAGGACGCUGCGCACAACAUGGGCAACCACCUGCCGCUGCUGCCAGCCGAGAGUGAGGAAGAAGAUGAAACUGAAAUGGAAGUCGAAGAUCAAGACAGCAAAGACGCCAGGAGACCAAACAUCAUCAAUUUCAAUACCAGUCUGCCAACAGCACAUUCGUACCUGGGUGCGGACAUGGAGGAGUUUCAUGGCAGGACUUUGCACGACGAUGACAGCUGCCAGGUGAUCCCCGUGCUGCCCCAGGUAAUGAUGAUUCUCAUUCCCGGGCAGACCUUGCCGCUGCAGCUUUUCAGCCCACAGGAAGUCAGCAUGGUGCGGAACCUCAUUCAGAAGGACCGGACCUUUGCCGUCCUUGCCUACAGCAACGUCCAGGAGCGAGAGGCACAGUUUGGAACAACCGCAGAGAUCUACGCCUACCGAGAAGAGCAAGAUUUCGGAAUCGAGAUCGUGAAAGUGAAAGCAGUUGGAAGGCAAAGGUUCAAAGUCCUGGAGCUCAGGACCCAGUCCGAUGGAAUCCAGCAAGCUAAAGUACAGAUCCUUCCUGAAUGUGUGCUGCCUUCGACUAUGUCGGCGUUUCAGUUAGAAUCCCUCAGUAAGUGCCAGAUAUUUCCUUCAAAACCGCUCUCGUGGGAAGACCAGUAUUCAUAUAAGUGGUGGCAGAAAUACCAGAAGAGGAAGUUCCGUUGUGCGAAUCUGACCUCCUGGCCUCGCUGGCUCUAUUCCUUAUAUGAUGCUGAAACUUUAAUGGAUAGAAUCAAGAAACAGUUACACGAAUGGGAUGAAAAUCUAAAAGACGAAUCUCUUCCUUCAAACCCAAUUGACUUUUCUUACAGAGUGGCUGCUUGUCUUCCCAUCGACGAUGUACUGAGAAUCCAGCUCCUUAAAAUCGGCAGUGCGAUCCAGCGGCUGCGCUGUGAGCUGGACAUCAUGAACAAGUGCACAUCUCUUUGCUGUAAGCAAUGUCAAGAAACUGAAAUAACCACCAAAACUGAAAUAUUCAGUCUGUCCUUGUGUGGGCCGAUGGCGGCCUACGUGAAUCCUCACGGCUACGUGCACGAGACACUAACCGUGUAUAAGGCCUGCAAUCUGAAUCUGAUUGGCCGCGCUUCGACGGAGCACAGCUGGUUCCCGGGGUAUGCCUGGACCAUUGCCCAGUGCCGGGUCUGUGCAAGCCACAUCGGAUGGAAAUUCACAGCCACCAAGAAAGACAUGUCCCCUCAAAAGUUUUGGGGCUUGACUCGGUCUGCUCUGCUGCCCAUGAUUCCAGACACAGACGCCAAAGAUGAUGUCAGCCCCGACAAAGUGACACUGUGCUUGUAGACAGAGAGGGCAGGGUGAGGUGCUCAGGAGCCAGUGUCGGCUUGGAGGGUCCUUUCUUCCUGCAGAAGUGCACGCUCGGGCAGAGUGGAGAUUACUCCCUACACAACAUUGGAAGUUGUUGUCAUAUGAGGUUGGUCGUUGGAAGUAUUGUGCUCGAAUCACUGCUUCGAAGGCUCAGGCAACAGGUGUAGUCUGUGUCCCUGAGAGAAAGGCAGGCAGUGGACAUUCUUGGAAAAGGGCGUUGGUCUUUAGUUUCUCUGACUGAUUUGUAAAUUUUGAAAAUAGUAGAAUUAAAAUAUAGAGCUUGAGCCCCAUGUAUAGUUUCCAUUUCCUUACGUGUCUAUACAAUGUGCAGAACUAUUUGGUGUGUGUGCCCAGUGUUUGAACUCUCCCCUGGUUAUUCUAUUGCAGAGUUUAAUAACAUGGUUCAGAAGCUAGACCACGUCCUCUUCACGGGCUAGCGAAGACCCUGUUUUUUCUAGGCUAUUUUACUCAUUCCUUGUAUAGUGAAGAAAAUCUGUAAGUAAGCCUAAAGAAUGUCCCUUGUUUAAAUGAUGUAAACUACUCAUAAGCAGAGAAUGUACAUGUAAGAAAUCAUUUUUAAGAGACUGAUUCGCCACCUACCUCUUUGCUUACACGUUUUUAAGGGUUGGAGCCCUUCACACUUGUGUGACCACUUUGGUUUUGAUAUUCUUUCACUGCUUUACGUAAUCCAUUUGGACUAACUGGGUACAAUACCCAGGGCCAAAAUAGACUGUUAAAUUUACCAAGAUUUUGUCUCCUCCUAAACAGGAAUGGUU